AUGGUCUUGGAUGAAUCAAAAAGAAUGGGUAUAGGUGCAUCCGGAGUCGAGAAAGAACUCGCAACACCACCUUCUCCCCUUGAGUCUCAGUUUCCACCACAUUCGACACAAGUCAAGGUGGAAAAAAUUGAUUUUAAUGCUGAUGCAGAGAUGGGUAGCAAACAAACAUUUUGGAUAGUAGAAGAAGAGCAACAUCUUGCAAAAUCAUAUAUCAAUAUUAGCACUGACUCGGCAAUCGGGAAUUCUCAAAAGGAUAAAGCUUUUUGGAAGCGUAUCGGAGAUUACUACAACGAGACUUGGCCAUACAGAACUAAGAAGAGGGAUUACAUGGCGCUAAAGUCACAUUUCUAUGGGUAUUAUUCGUUGGCAAACGAAUUUGGUUCAAUGCACAAUAAUUUUUCGAAGAAUCAUCAAAGCGGUGAGAGUGACGAGGAUAUUCUUGUAAAAACACAUAUGAAGUGA